AUGAAAGAUUUAUUUCCCGUUAUUAUUGUCGUAUUAUAUUUGGUGAUUAAUCCGAGUUGUAUUUCAACAUUAACAUGUCCACCAAAUUCUAAAAUUUUUCCAUGUACAUGUGACAGUGAUCUAAGACAAGUUACUUGUGAAGGACAAAAAUUUACUACUACAACAAUAUUUUUAAAAAAUAUAAUAAGAACAUUUCAUGAUUAUGUUGAAACUAACGAAAGAUAUUUUGAACAUUUACUUUUCCAUAGUAAUAUUACUGAUUUUUCCGAUAUUAAUUAUCCGACUCUGGAAGAAGAUGUUUUUGGUGAAAUUUCAUUUAAGAAAAUUGAAAUAAUAAAUAUUUCAAACUUUGAAAAUAUUAAUUAUAAAGCUUUUUCUACAAAAAAUGCUCAAUUUGUUGAAGAAUUUAUUAUUGAACAUACUAAUUUGAGCAAAGUUUAUUUAGGAUCUAUAUCAUUAACAAAUUUAACAUAUAUUUCAUUAGCAAAUAACAAACUUACAGAAUUACCAGAAAAUAUUUUUCCAAAUUCUGAAAAAUUGAAAACAGUGGAUUUAAAAAACAAUCAGAUUGUUAUUGUGAGUGACAGAGCCUUUAUAAAUAAACCAAAUUUGGAAUAUAUUGAUUUAUCUCGAAAUAGAAUCAGUAGGAUUCCACCGAUUUCUUCAUUAAGAAAUAUUACAAUUAAUUUAAGCAAAAAUGAUUUUUUAUGGUCCGGAUCGGGUGGUUACUUUACACAACCAACACAUAUUAUUUUAGAUGAUAAUAAUUUUAUAUAUUUGGAUCAAAGUUAUUUUGAGAGAUUUUUAAAUCCAAUAUAUAAGAAUACAUUAUCAAUUAAGAACAAUAAAAUUGAUUGUAUCCAUUGUAAUAAUAAAUGGCUUUUGUUCAAUAAUAACACGAAAUUAUAUCAACAAAACAUUUACAAUAUGGAGUGUGAAUCAAUGACACGUUCAUUUUGGGAAAGUAAUAUUGAAGAUUUUAGUCGAUGUUAA